UGGCAAAACCUUUGGAUGGGGUCCAAAAAGUUUCCAGCUUGCACCAAAGGUCCAAAAUCAAGGUUUUCAUGGGUUUUUAGUCCAUUCCGUCAUUGGCCGUUUGUUUGGGGCCGUUAGUGCCUUCACGUGCCCUCCAUGUGAGGGCAUUUUGGUCAUUUUAGGUCCUAGCCUCCGUUGCCGCCACUUCAAUUAAUUAGAUUGCAGACUGUACACUCCUUCGUCUUCUACUCAUACCUCUUGAUUCAAACGCAAAAACCCUAACGAUCGUCUGAAAAUUGGAUUGUGUUCCUGCUUUUGAAAAUGUGGGGACUUAGAAAUGUUGGAGAGAUUGUCAACGUUCAAGAAGUUUAUGCUGGUUACCCCAACAUAUUCUCUAUUGAACUUCAUCACGGAGGGAGUUUCACAAAGUUUCCAAAUAUCAGGAUUUGACUUUGGACUCCGAGCAUUAGGUAACGAUGAUGAUGUGCGUAAUCUCUCACGGGUUAUAAUAGAAGACAUGGAGAAGCAGGAUUCCAUUAGACCCUCAUCACCUGUAGUUGCUCAUGAAGUGGUAACUCCAAUCCAAAUUGAUGUUGGUGAGGGUGAUUUAGGGUUAGCAUUAACCUUAUACAAAUCAGCAACACCUGAAUUUAGUAGGUCUAAAGGUUGGAAACAUAGUAAAGGGGCAUCGUCUUGUAGUACAAAGCUUAAGUUGGAUUGGGAAGGUGCUGAAAAAACAAUGGCAAGUGGUGAAGUUGAUAAGGGUAAGGGUGUAGAAGGAUUUGUAGAUGAAUUUGUUGUAGUUGAUGCAGAAAAAGAGUUAAACAAAGAGAUUGAUGUGAAUGAAGAACUUGAUGUGAACAAAUCCAAUGGUGAGGGUGUAGAAGGAUUUGCAGAUGAGGGGUAUAGAGUUGUCAUGGAUAAUGAUCCUCAAGGAGUCAAUGAAUUUUCAACUAACAUCAACAUAGAUGAUGAGUUAAUGACAAACUUUCAACCUUUUGAAGACCAAGAUAGCAUCCCAUUUAAUGGGUUUGAAGGCCAAGAUAACAUUCCUUUCAAUGAUGAAUGGAGACAAGAGGAGCCUGAUGACAUUGAUUUUGAGAAUCAAAACAGUGAAGAUGAAGAUAGUGACUUUAUGAUUGAUGAGGACAACAUAAUUGAAGAUGUUGACGUUGACAUGGAGGAUUUCAAUCUAAAUAUUGAUACAGAAGCAGAGUUCAAUGGAUGUCAAAGAAUGGGUGGUCAAAGAAAUGAAGAUAGUGAUGAAGAAGAUGAUUUAGAGGUAAUUGACAAUGACGAGUGGGAUUCAUUAAGUGAGGACUCAGGGGACAACAGGAAAAGAAGAGAAAUGAUCAAAGAGCUGGGGAAACAAACCUUAUGUUCUGCUGGUGAGGUGCACAAGGUAGCUUUUCAUAUUGGGCAGAAAUAUAAAGCCAAGAAAGAAUUGAAAGACAAAAUUGACCUGCAUGCUUUAGAGACAAGGAGGAAUAUCUCAUUCACAAAAAACGACAAGAGUAGAUUGACAGCUGUUUGUGAUGGAACUGUAGUUUUAAAUGCAAGUGGGGUAGGUGGACCUACCUCUGGGAAAAAGGUAAAGGGUAAAGAUGUAAACUCAGAUAAAGUUAAAUGCACAUGGAAACUUCAUGCAUCUAGGUCAAGUGAACAGGACUAUUGGUUUAUUAAGACCUAUAAUCAGAAACACAUCUGCCUCCAAACACGAAAAAUCAGAUCUUGCACAGCAACAUUUCUUUCCAAACGUAUUAUGGAUCAGAUUGAAGCUAAUCCUGGACUGCCUGUUCGUGCCCUACAAGAGCAACUCCAAUCAACUUAUGGAGUUAGUAUUUCAGAAGAGAAAGCAUUUAGGGCAAGAGCAUUAGCCACCAAAAAUGUUGCAGGGGAUUACGUAAAGCAAUAUGCAGCUUUGAGAGACUAUGUACUAGAGCUACAAAAGACAAAUGAAGGUACAACUGUAAAGAUUGAUGUGGUUUCAGAACCUGUGGUUUCAUCCCCAACCAGGCAAUUAAGAAGGAUAUACGUGUGUUUAGGUCCUUUGAAGAAAGGUUUUAAGGCAGGUUUGAGAGAAUUUUUAGGCUUAGAUGGAGCCUUCAUGAAGGGACCUUUCCCAGGUCAAAUACUAAGUGCAGUUGGUGUUGAUUCCAACAAUGGAACCUACCCAUUGGCAUAUGCUGUUGUUGAAAGUGAAAACACUUCAAGUUGGAAAUGGUUUCUUCAGUGUCUUGCUGAAGAUCUUGAGUUGUAUUCAAAUUCCAACUUCACCUUUAUCAGUGAUAGACAGAAGGGUCUUCUACCAGCCAUAGAACAAUUGUUCCCUAAUGCAGAACACAGGUUCUGUAUUAGACACAUAUACCAGAACAUGAGGAUCAGAUUUAAGACUACAGAAUACAAGGAGUAUUUUUGGAGGUGUGCUACAGCCACCACCAUACCAGAGUUUGAAGCUGUAAUGGUAGAGCUAAGGAAUUAUGACAUAGAAGCAUAUCAGUGGCUCUUGAAAAUCCCUCCACAUCAUUGGGCUAGAAGUCAUUUUUCAGAUAUACACUAA